AUGAUAUUGUUUACAGUUUUGCCUAAUGUUACAAGUUUGAAAAGUGUAGAGAUAUAUGGAAAUACUCUCAUCAACUUUCCUGUGAUAUUGAAUGGAUCGUGCAAUUCUCUUGAGACUUUACAGAUUUAUAAUUGUAAUCUCACAAACACGUUAGUUAAACAAGAUUUUCCCACUUUCAGGAACUUGAAAUUUUUGUACAUUUAUCAUACUCCUCUUCGGAUGUUCAAUGGAUCUUUUCUAAAGCAAGGAAUUUGUAAGUCACUUCAUCUUCAAAAGUUGGUCAUUGUAGACAGUGAUUUGGGCGGUAACUUGCCUUGGUGCAUUACGAACUUGACUUCCCUUGAACUUGUUGAUAUCUCAUCAAAUCAAUUUACUGGAGACAUAUCCUUAUCUCCUCUUAAGGUGCUAACAUCCAUCCAAGACUUAUGGCUUUCAGACAAUCAAUUCCAAAUUCCAGUUUCACUUGAACCAUUUUUUAACCACUCAAAACUCAAGAUCUUCCAUGGUGAGAAUAAUGAAAUUUAUGUAGGAAGCCAAUCACAAUAUUUGGCCCCAAAAUUUCAAUUAAAUCCCAUCAAAUUAGCGACCCAUAAUGGUUCAUUGCCAAAAAUACUGGGUGUUUCUUUUCCCAAAUUCCUCUAUAGUCAACAUGAAUUAGAAGAAGUUGAUCUCUCCAAUCUUAAUUUGACGGGAAAUUUUCCAGUUUGGUUGUUAAACAACAACACCAACCUAAAAGGACUUUAUCUUGUUAACAAUUCUCUUUCAGGGCCUUUGCAAUUACCCAUUCAUUCUCAUAUAUCUUUGAAAGAAUUAAAUAUCUCCAUCAAUUGCUUCCAUGGGUAUAUUCCAACAAGAAUUGGAGCUUAUCUACCAAUGCUACAAACUUUAAAUAUUUCUCGAAAUUCUUUAGAUGGUAGCAUUUCCUCAUCUUUUGGUGACAUGAAAUCAUUGAAAAGCUUGGACUUGUCCUAUAAUUCAUUGAUCGGACAGAUUCCUUAUCAGAUGGUCAUGGGUUGUUUUUCAUUACAAUUCCUUGUAUUGUCAAACAACAGCUUGCAAGGUGAAAUAUUCCCAACAACUUUCAACCUGAAAAACCUGUUAAAGUUACAAUUGGAUGGCAAUAACUUUACUGGAAAAAUCCCAGAUAGCUUGUCUACUUGCUCCUUAGAAGGGUUGUAUAUAAGUGAUAACCAUCUUGUUGGCACGUUACCAAGGUGGUUAGGAAAUAUGUCAAAUUUGAGAGAUAUUAUAAUGUCAAAUAAUCAUCUUGAAGGUCUAAUCCCAUUGGAGUUUUGUCAAUUAGAAAAUCUUGAAGUAUUAGACCUUUCAAAAAACAAUAUUACAGGGAGUUUACCAUCUUGCUUUCCCCCUUCGUCAAUUAAACAAGUUCAUUUGUCAAGAAAUAAGUUACAAGGAAAGUUAAGUGAUGGAUUUUCUAAUAGUUCUUCCUUAACGACAUUAGAUAUUGGAUAUAAUCACUUUGAAAACAACAUUCCAGAUUGGAUUGACAAGGUUUCUAAUUUGACUUACCUUAUCUUGUGUAAUAACAAUUUUCAAGGUGAAGUGCCAAUUAAUUUGUGUAAGUUAGAUCAAUUACGAUUGAUAGAUCUUUCUCAUAACAUGCUUUCAGGGCAUAUCCCUCAUUGCUUAAAUAUUGCAAUAGUAAGUGAUGUGUCUGAUUCCUCACUUGAUGAUACGAGGCCUUCAACUUCCUCGCUUGAUUUUGCUACAUCACCAAUUGAAGCUCUGAUGAGAAAGGAAGAAAUUAUAGAGUUUACUACGAAGAGUAUAUCUUACUCUUACCAUGGAAGAAUCCUCUCUUACAUGUCUGGCAUUGAUCUCUCAAGCAAUAAGUUAGUUGGUAUGAUUCCUUAUCAAAUUGGAAAUCUUGUUGGAAUCCAUGCACUUAAUCUCUCUCACAACAAUUUGACAGGACCAAUCCCAUCAACAUUUUCAAAUCUCAAGCAGAUUGAGAGUUUAGAUAUUUCAUAUAACAAUUUGACCGGAAAAAUCCCUCCUCAAAUUGUUGAACUAUAUAAUUUGGCUGUUUUUAGUGUGGCAUAUAAUAAUUUAUCUGGCAAAACUCCUGAUAGAACUGCUCAAUUUGGGACAUUUGCAGAAAAUAGCUAUGAGGGAAAUCCACUUCUUUGUGGAGAACCAUUGCCCAAAACCUGCAAUCCCAUUGAAUCACCAUUUUUUAUGCCAAAAGCUUCAAGUAAUAGUGGAGAAGACAAUACUGUCAUUGACAUGAAUAUCUUCUAUGUAAGUUUUGCAGUUACUUAUAUAAUUUUUCUUGUAGGGAUUGUUGUAGUUUUGUAUAUAAAUCCUUACUGGCGUCGUACAUGGUUUUAUUUUGUUGAGUUGUGCAUAACAUCUUGCUACUAUUUUGUCAUAGAUCAUCUUCCAAAAUGAUAUGAUGAUGAAACAGUUAGUUGGAUUUUAUGUACCUAUCUUACAAAAUUGGCCUGUUUUGAUUUGGUCUCCAAAAUUUAAAUCAUUUUGUUCAUAU